GGGAUGUUCGUUCUUGGGUUGCCCUACGCCAUCCUGCACGGAGGAUACCUCGGACUCUUUCUCAUUAUCUUCGCCGCCGUGGUGUGCUGUUACACGGGGAAAAUCCUCAUUGCCUGCCUGUACGAAGAGGACGAAGACGGGCGGCUGGUCCGUGUGAGGGAAUCCUAUGUGGACAUUGCCAACGCCUGCUGCGCGCCCAGAUUCCCGACUUUAGGUGGCCAUAUCGUGAAUGUAGCCCAAAUCAUAGAGCUGGUGAUGACUUGCAUCCUGUAUGUUGUUGUCAGUGGCAAUCUCAUGUAUAACAGCUUCCCCACCAUGCCCAUUUCCCAGAAGUCCUGGGCCAUCCUCGCCACCGUCGCCCUGCUCCCCUGCGCCUUCCUCAAGAGCCUGAAAGCCGUCUCCAAGUUCAGCUUGCUAUGCACCAUGGCCCACUUCGUCAUCAAUGUCCUGGUGAUAGCCUACUGCCUCUCCAGAGCCAGGGACUGGGCCUGGGACAAGGUCAAGUUUUACAUCGAUGUCAAGAAGUUCCCCAUCUCCAUCGGGAUUAUCGUGUUCAGCUACACCUCGCAGAUCUUCCUGCCAUCCAUGGAGGGGAGCAUGUCGAAACCCAGCGACUUCCACUGCAUGAUGAACUGGACUCACAUCGCUGCCUGUAUCCUCAAGGGCCUGUUCGCCCUGGUGGCCUACUUGACCUGGGCUGAUGCAACCAAGGAGGUCAUCACAGACAACCUGCCCUCCACCAUCAGAGCCGUCGUCAACAUCUUUCUAGUGGCCAAAGCUUUGCUGUCGUAUCCGCUGCCGUUUUUCGCUGCUGUCGAGGUUUUUGAGAAAUCCUUUUUCCAGGACGGAGGACGUGCGACUUUUCCGGAUUGCUACGGAGGCGAUGGACGCAUAAAACCCUGGGGACUCGCUCUCAGAUGUACCCUUGUCGUGUUCACCUUGCUCAUGGCGGUUUUUGUGCCACACUUCGCCCUCCUCAUGGGCCUCACUGGCAGCCUGACAGGUGCAGGCCUGUGCUUUCUGCUCCCCAGCCUCUUCCACCUCAGGCUUCUAUGGAGAAAGCUGCUAUGGCACCAGGUUUUCUUUGAUGUCGCCAUCUUUGUAAUAGGAGGUAUAUGCAGCAUAUCUGGUUUCAUCCACUCAAUGGAAGGGCUCAUAGAGGCUUUCAAAUAUAACAUAGAGGAGUAGACGCGAGCUAUUGCUGGAACUAGAUGUUAACUGCAAAUCCCCGUUUAGUGAAAACAAUUAAAAACACACGAGCCCCUCUGCUUAAUUCAUGCGUAAAAGCGCGCACAAUACACUCAGACAUUUUCAUACUCUCUUGCAUCAAUUCAGAAAAAACGCGCGCUUACACACACAAGUAGUGCAGUGAGGGAAACCAAUGAAUCCACAACACACUAUAUGGACAGUACAUGUUGUAUAAAUAUGCGUACAGACGUACAUAUACAUAUUUUCCAGUGGAGUGAACGUUUACAAUAUUGAAGUUAAACAAAAUUGCAAAAAGGGCAGUAUGUCUUCAUGACUUCACUUCAUGUAACGCUACAGUUUGUGAUGGAUGGACUUUCGACAGCAUAAUGUGAUUUAAGAUAAGUUCAUUUAAAAGAAUAUAAAAUAAAAAACUCUGAAAUACCACUUACUUCUUUAGGUGAUUUCCAUUAUGAUUAUGGGCAGUGAAUGUGGUGUUAAAUCCAGAAAGGCCUGUGGACACAGAAAUAACACAAUGGCAUAACCAGCAACCGAUGAUUGCUUUUAGAGAUAACAGAAGUUUCGUUAGAAAUGAGGACAUUGGACCUUCCCCAAGCAGUUUAAAAUACUGGAAAUGCACGAUAUCAAAGAAGUACACAGCAGCUAUAUGAACUAUGCAUUGAAUGUAUUAUAUUUCAGACACAUAAAAGCUUAAUGAAACUGGGAAGUGUAAAUUAAACAAUCUCCGAAUUGGUUUCUCCUGCCUGAAAGGGUAAAUGCUUUGAUAUUUUUUUCUCCAAUAUUUGAAAUGUUCUUUGAUGAGCUUUUAAAAUCGGCAAUAACAAAAUUCACCUGACCUGUAAUACACACCCAUAGCCCUGAACCAAAUUCAAUAGAUGGGGACCCCGAAAUUCUGCACACUCAAUUUACCAUAAUGCUUUUUUCCAUUACAUUUGAAAACUCAUGGCCUGUUCUAAAGUUAAUUUGAUAGACUCGUCUCAAAAAUUCGGUGUCUGAAUCUGAAAAAAAUAGAUAAUUAAAAGGAAAAUGUAGACAUUUUUCAUUCUGUGCAAUCCAAUGGGUCCUGUGGAAAUGUUAUAAAACCGUGUGUGUAGUGUGUUAUUGUGGUUUCAAAAAGAUGGAAUGUAUAUCUCAAAGUCGUUAUCAUAUAUCGUGAAAUUAAUAUUAAAGAAUAAACAAAUAAGUGAAAUUA